GGCGUCUCCUGUGCGUCUGCGCGGGAAGUGGAAACCAGCGAGGAGGCGAAGCGGUGUGAGGUUCGUCGGGCCAGCAGCGUCGGCUGCUUUGGGUCUGUCCUCGCGGCUAAGCCCGCGGCCCGACCCCUCCGCCGCCAUGCCCAUGAAGGGCCGCUUCCCGAUCCGCCGCACCCUCCAGUACCUGGGCCAGGGAGACGUAGUGUUCAAGGACUCAGUGAAGGUCAUGACGGUGAACUACAACACGCACGGGGAGCUGGGCGAGGGCGCCAGGAAGUUUGUGUUUUUCAACAUACCUCAGAUCCAGUACAAAAAUCCUUGGGUACAGAUUAUGAUGUUUAAGAACAUGACGCCGUCCCCCUUCCUGCGGUUCUAUUUGGAUUCUGGGGAGCAGGUCCUCGUGGAUGUGGAGACCAAGAGCAAUACGGAGAUCAUGGAGCACAUCAGGAAAAUCCUAGGGAAGAACAAAUGCAGCCGCACUCCUUCCUGCCCCACCACGAGAGCGCGUACUGUGGGCCUCACCGAUAUUCCUGGAUGUUGGAUGGAAAAAAUACAGAACAAAAAAAAGUGGAAACUGAGAAACUGUUCAGAUGUCCCUGGAGGAGCCCAGGUGGGAGCUGAAGAUGGGGGCUGUGGGUCUGGAGAGCAGAGGAUCACUGCAGGAUGUGUGCUGGAAGGAGAAGCGACAGCACAUGCAAGUGGGUACAGAUGUGAGGACUGGAGAAUGAAGAGCCAGGAAUGACUCUCGGGUUUCUAGCCUGAACAAUGAAUGGCAUGGUGGAGGGAGCGAGGGUUGGUAGGAAUUCAGAAGUCUGUUUUUGGCCUGUCAAAUA